CAUUCACAUAACUUGUUCUUCAAAUUAAUUACUCAUUUUCUUAAUUCCUACCAUACAUGGCAGCAACAUUGGUUGGUGGUGCUUUUCUUUCUGCUUUCCUUCAGGUUGCAUUUGACAGACUUGCUUCUCGUCAAGUUUUGGAUUUCUUUCGUAAAAAAAAACUUGAUGAGAACCUUUUGAAGAAGUUGAAGAGAAAGCUGCGAUCCAUCGAUGCUCUUGCUGAUGAUGCAGAACUACAACAGUUCAGAGAUCAACGUGUGAGAGCAUGGCUUCUUGAUGUCAAAGAUGCUGUGUUUGAAGCUGAGGAUUUGCUGGAUGAAAUUUAUGAAUCUCAGGCUCAAAGCAUUGAUAGCCAGGUGUGGAAUUUCAAUUUCUCUAUAUCUUGUGUCAGUUUGCUCAACAAUAAAAAUGAAAUUGAAACCAAGAUGACACAAGUCCUUGAUGACUUAGAUGAACUUGCUAACCAAGGCACUCAUCUAGGUUUGAAACCCAAACUAGGCUCUUUGGAGCCUAGUUGUGUGUCACAAAAACUGCCAUCAACAUCUUUCAUCAUUGAAAGUGUUAUUUAUGGUAGAGAUGAUGACAAAAAAAUCAUCUUUAGUUGGCUCACAUCUGACACAGACAAUCAUAACAAGUUAUCAAUACUUUCUAUUGUGGGCAUGGGAGGGGUGGGUAAGACCACACUUGCCCAACAUGCAUACAAUAACCCAAUGCUAGAUGGUAAAUUUGAUAUCAAAGCUUGGGUCUGUGUCUCAGAUGAUUUUGAUGUUUUUAAGGUAACAAGAACAAUUCUAGAGGCAAUCACUAAAUCAACUGAUGAUAGUAGAGACCUACAAAUGAUUCAUGAAAGAUUGAAAGAAAAAUUGUCUGGAAAGAAAUUUCUCCUUGUUUUAGAUGACGUUUGGAAUGAAGAGAAAGAGAAAUGGGAAGCUGUGCAUACUCCUCUAAUUGAUUGUGGGGCUCAGGGAAGUAGGAUCCUUGUUACAACACGUAGCAAGAAAGUUGCUUCUACCAUAAGGUCAAAAGAACACAACUUGACACAAUUACAAGAAGAUUAUUGUUGGAAGCUGUUCGAGAAACAUGCAUUCCAAAAUGCUAAUCCUCCCCCAAGUCCAGACUUCAAGGAGAUUGGCAUAAAGAUAGUUCGAAAAUGUAAAGGACUUCCUCUUGCCUUAAAAACAAUGGGAAGUUUAUUACACAACAAGCCUAUUUUGGAAUGGAAAAACGUAAUGCAAAGCGAGAUAUGGGAAUUGGAGGAUAUUGAUAUUGUGCCUGCUUUAGCACUGAGUUAUCACCACCUUCCUUCCCAUCUCAAAAGAUGUUUUGCUUACUGUGCUUUAUUUCCAAAAGAUUAUUUGUUUAACAAGGAGUUUUUAAUUCAGGUUUGGAUGACUCAAAAAUUUCUAGAAUGUUCUCAACAAAGUAAAAGUCCAGAAGAAAUUGGUGAACAAUAUUUCAAUGAUCUAUUAUCUAGGUCAUUCUUUCAACAAUCAAGUGGAAACAAAAAGUGUUUUGUCAUGCAUGACCUUCUAAAUGAUUUGGCAACAUAUGUUUGCAAGGACAUUUGUUUCAGGUUAGAAGUUGAUCAUGGAAAAAGUAUACCAAAAACAACUCGUCAUUUGUCAUCUCCUGUCGUUAACGGUCAAUGUUUUGAUGGGUACGAAACUUUACAUGAUAUUGAAAGGUUACGUACAUUUAUGCCAAUAGCUAAGCUCAGAGGUAUUCAUUAUAAUCGUUGGCAUUGCAAGAUGUCGUUACAUGAGCUGUUCUCCAAGUUGAAGUUCUUACGUUUCUUAUCUUUGUCUCAUUGUGUCCUAUCAGAGUUGCCAGACUCUGUUAGCAAUCUUAUGCAUCUCUGUUCCUUAGACCUUUCGUAUACUGGCAUAGUAAAGCUACCUGAAUCAACGUGCUCACUCUCUAACUUGCAAAUAUUAAAGUUGAACAAUUGUAAAUAUUUGAAGAAGCUUCCCUCAAGUUUUCAUAAACUCAUCAAGUUGCGUCGCCUUGAAUUGAUUUACACUAACUUGAGAGAAGUGCCAACACGUUUGGGACAAUUGAAAAACCUUCAAAUAUUAAUGAGUUCAUUUUGUGUUGGAGAAAGUGAAGGGUUCACUAUUCAACAAUUAGGAGAAUUCAAUGUCCAUGGAAGAGUGGAAAUUAAGAAUCUACAAAAUAUUCAGAACCCGUCAGAGGCAUUGGCACUGGAUUUGACAAAUCAAAUACAGCUUGUUGGAAUAGAUGUAGUAUGGGACCAAACCUCGAGAAGCAUUUAUCCAAGGAAAGAGCAUGAGAUUAUAAUUGAUAAUCUAAAACCGCCAAAACACUUGGAGCAAUUGUUAAUUAAGGGGUAUGGAGGUACACAAUUUCCAAGUUUGUUAUUCGAUAAUUCAUUAUCGAACGUAGUCUCCUUAAGUUUGCACGGUUGUAACUUCUGCCAACGUUUGCCUCCCCUUGGACGUUUGUCAUUUCUCAAGUUCUUGAGAAUUGCUGGGCUUGAUAAGAUAGUGAGUAUUGAUGUUGAUUUUUAUGGGAGUAGAUCUUCUUCAUUUCCAUCUCUAGAAUCAUUGGUUAUCUCCAAUAUGAAGAACUGGGAAAAAUGGGAAUGUGAAGAUGUGACGGGUGCUUUUCCGCGCCUUCAAGACCUUUCUGUAAGUUAUUGUCCCAAGCUGAAAAGGCAUUUGCCAAAGCAACUCCUUUGUUUAAAGACACUAAGAAUUUCUUCUUGUAUGCUUUUUGAAGGAGUGCUUAACUAUCAAGGGCAAGUGAUACACAUUAAUACAGUGGGAAACAAACUGGAAGCGUGGUUGAUCGACUGGAUUGGGAACAUCAUAUUUGAUUUUUCAAUUGAAUGUUUGAAUGCUUUUGGCCCACAUGAGAAUAUUUCCAUGAACCGUUGCUACAAUUUCCUUAAAGAAUUGCAAAUGAGUGGUUGUUCAUCCCUAAUGACCUUUCCCCUCGAUAUCUUCCCAACAUUAAGGUCACUUGAGCUCAGUCGUUGUCAUAGUCUACGGAUCAUUUCACAGGAACAGACUCAUGAUCAUCUUAAGAAUUUGAAAAUUUGGGAGUGCCCUGAAUUUGAAUCACUGCCUCAAUGCAUGCAUAUCUCCCUCCCCUCUCUUGAAGAUCUCUUCAUAGAAGAUAGUCCAAAACUUGAGUUACCCGCUGACAAAGGUUUCCCACCAAAUCUAAAAACCUUGAGUCUCCAUAAUUGCUCCAAACUUAUGGCCUCAAUAAAAGAGGCUUGUGCUUUGGUUGCCAAUCCCUCUUUAAAAUACUUGCAUAUAUGGAAAUUGGAUCAUGUUGAGUCUUUUCCCGAUGAAGGUUUGUUGCCAGUCUCUCUUACUUCUCUAUGGAUUGGGAGUUGUCAAAAUCUUAAAAAUGUAGAGUACAAGGGUCUCUUCCACCUCUCAUCUCUUGAGAAAAUAGUUCUAAGAAACUGCAACAGCCUCCAUUGCUUACCAGAGGAUCUCUGCCAACUCUCUUCUCUCAAGAAAUUGAUUGUUCAAGAUUGUUCCAACUUGCAAUGCUUACCAAAGGGUCUCUGCCAACUUUCCUCUCUCCAGAAACUGGUUCUUCGACACUGCCCCAACAUCCAAUGCUUACCAGACAAUGGUCUACCCGAAUCCAUUUCACAUCUCAGAAUUUCAGGCAGUACAUUGCUCAAACAGUGUUGCCGCUCACCAGAAGGCCAAGACCAUGCAAAGAUUGCUCACAUUCAACAUGUUGUUUACGACAGUGAUUCUUUAUCUGAAGAUGAUUUGUAUUGGUGAGUUAUUAUCAUGUUUAAGUUUCUAGAGUUUCUUGUGCUAUAUAUGUGGUGGAUCGAUAAUUAAUUUUGUUUUUCUUCGUAUUGUUUAUACUUUCGAUAGUCGACUUCUAUGGACAUAAUUCUUCUUUUCAUAAUACAAGACUUUAUAUACACAAUAUUCUGAUUUUUGGAAUAAAAUCAGCUACAUAAUUUACACAACCUAAAAAGCGUUGUAACUGAGUUUUAUAUUUAAUUUUAUCAGGAAAUUUUUCAGAAAAUUCGAUACUUCUCUUAAUAGGGGUAAUUGUUCCUUGGUAUAUAUCAUGACCCAAAAAUCUAAUUUUUAUCUGGGCUAACUUAAUCUUCUUUUGUGAUACUACCAUCCCAUUUUUCUUAAUUAAAUUUUUGAAUAUUCUUAAGUGUUUUAAAUGCUGUUCAAUUGAUUCAGAGAAUAUAAGCACAUCAUCUAUAUAGACUAGUGCAAAUUUUGAAUAAGGAUUCAAAAUAGUGUUCAUUAUAUUUUGAAAUUCUGAUGGGGCAUUUUUAAGUCCCAUUGGCAUUACAUUCCAUUCGUACUGACCAAAUGGAACUAUAAAUGCAGUUUUAUAUUUAUCAGCUUCUUUUACUUUAAUCUGAUAAUAUCCACUUUUCAUAUCAAAUUUUGAAAAUAUUGUUGCAUUGUAUAUUCUACUUAUUAGUUCUGAUUUAUUAGGUAAAGGAUACCUAAUCCAUUUUAAAACUUUAUUCAAUGGUUUAUAAUUUAUAACCAUCCUAGGUUCUCCUCUUUCAAUUUCAGAAGCAUUCUGCACAUAAAAUGCAGCACAACUCCAAGGAGAUUUACUCGAUCUAAUUAACUUUUUAUCCAAAAAUUGUUUAAUUUCUUUUCUACAAUAUUCAAGAGUUUCUUUAUUUAGUUGUACUGGUUUUGCUUUAGUUGGAAUAUCUUUUUCAGUAAAUCCUUCUUCAUAUGGUAAUUCUAUUUCAAAUGAAUUACGAUCCCAAAAGGCAUUGGGAACAUCUGAACAUAUUUCUUGUAUAAUUUCAUUUUCAAUAUUUUUAAAUUGUUGUAUAACUUGAGGAUAUUUUAAUCUUUCUUCUAUUUGUUUAUGUUUUAUUUCAUUUUUUAAAAAUUUUAUUUGAUUUGUUUUUGCUGUUAUUCUUGUUAAGAAAUUGUCUUCAUUAAUAUCUUUCAAAUUAUGUAUUUCUUUAAUAAUUUUUGGUUUUAUAAAUUCAAAUAUUAUUUCUUUAAACUGUAUUCCUUCUGAAGUUACAGUAAAUGGAUAUAUUUGUGUCAAAAAGGGUGUUCCUAAUAUCAUGUCUUCAUUUAUAUCAGGGGUUAAUACAAAAGCAUUUUUAAAACAUGUUCCUUUAUUACAAAUAUAGGCAUUUGAAAGUUUAUAUUUUACUUUUAAUCUAUUAGAGUUAGCGGCUCUUAAUAUUUGAAUAGUUUUUUCAUAAUAUUGGGUAGGUAUUAAUCAUUCCCUUAUACAAUUUAAAUCUGCUCCUGAAUCUACUAAAGCAGUAAAGGUUUUAUGAAAAGUUUUCCCUAUUUUUAAGGUAGCUUUUAUUAACCAUUUUUGUUGUAUAACUUUUAUUUGUUGGAUUACAACAUUUUCUUCUUUAUAAGAAGUAGAGGGUUGAUAUUCUUUUUCUAUUAUAGCUUUUAUUAAUUCAUCUUUUUGCAGGUUUUCUUCGCUUAUUUGAUUUAUUUGUUUUUUUAUUAUCCUAAUUUCUUCUUUUAAGGUGUUGAUUUCCCUUUGUAAAUCUUUUAUGUCAACAGGUUUUUCUUUUAUAGAAGCCUUCUUUAGUAUUUGUGAAAAAUCGUAUCCAUUAAAUUCAGAGGUGGAUGCUGAUUCUUCUUGCUUUUUAUCUUCUAGGAUUAAAUCUUUUAAUUUAACUAGAUAUGCUAGUUUAUCUUCUUCAUUUGGGAUUUUAUCUAUCAUUUCUAGCAUCAAUUUAGAUUCUGCAUUUAUUACAUUUAUUUUAAAUGAGCAAGCACAAGGUUCUUCAUCACACUCACACUCACUUUCCUCUUCACUUGUGGUUUCUAAAUUUUCUAUAAACUCUUCAUUAUUACUAUUUUCAUCUUCGCUGUCAGAUUCAUAUAAUAAUAAUUUAGAUAUCUGAUCUUUUAAUUCUUCAGACAUAUUUAAAGUUUUUAUUUUUUCUUUUACUCUAGAAUUUUUUUCAUGUGACCAUAACGACCACACUUAAAACAAACUAUUCCUUUAUUAGUGUUUUGAUAUUUUUGUUUAUUAUAACUUUUCUUAUUAUUUUUAGAAAAGGUUUUCUUUCUAUAAGGCAUUGUAUUAUUUUUUCUAAAAUUCUUAUUUCUUUUAAAAGGUUUUUUAAAAUUUUGUUUAUUUUUUCUAAUAGACACUGGUUCCGUAGAAAUAGUCCCGGUCACUGAUCUGAAAAAUCCUUCCAUAGUUAAUUAUUCCAAAUUGAAAAUAAUUAAAGUGUUAUCUUACCAUGACUGGAAGCAACAUCCUUUCACUGAAAAAACCUUCUCAAGACCCUUUGACCCUCCAUCAUAUACUUAUUUUGAUUAUCAAUCUGCUUGGACUUAUAUACUCUUGGAAGAAAAUCCAAAACAUUCCUGGUAUAUAAGUUUUAAAAAUGAAUUACCCUCACCCCUUCCAAAUUGGUUUGUGGACUGGUUUUUCUCAAUUGGCCCAGUUCAGUCCAUUAUUCCUGAAAAUGUCCUGAAUAUCUAUAGAAAAUAUAAAAUCCUGACCCCCAACUUUCCCCAGCAUAUUUGAUUAAUAAAAUUCUGUUCUACCAUGGGCAUUAGUUGGUUAGUGGCCCAUAUUCUUGAAAUACAUCAGCAUCGAGAAGAAUCUUAUCCGAAGACAAUCUGCAGAAAAACUAAAGUUUUUUGGUGGAAGAAGUUUGACAUAAAAUAUGUAGAAGAUAAAUUUCAAAAAUGGAAAACUUUGGGCUAUCGUUCAGAGGCCCAAUCCUCUCAAAAAAUUGAAAAUAUAUCCAAAAAAUCUAUUUUGGAUUUGAAUAAGGCUCCCGCUACCAAAGAAGACAAGGCUUUACUGAAAAAGCAAUUGUUAGAAGCUUUGUCCUCUUUGGGAUCAGAAUCUGAAGAUGAAGAAAACACUCCUGAAGAUUGUUACGCAAUGCAAAUGGCCCAAUCUCCUGAAGAUGAAGAAGUCGAUUUUGCAAGUUUGUAGCAACCAAUUGAAAAGGUAGCUCAGAUUGUGCAAAAUAUAAAAAAGGCCGUUGCUCAAAAAGCCCAACAACAUGAAGAAAUACAAAAAACCUUCUUGAAAAAUUUAGCAGAAGAUAAGGAAGACCUCUUCUGAAGACUAAGGCAUUUGAGUAAGAAGUCGUGGGUCCCUUGUCCCCCACGUCGCCCAAUACAAAUAGCAAUAAAACCCUUAUUUGGAUUAGGCAUGGACACGCCUAUGUUUGUAGCAUUAAGAGAUAAUAGGCCAACUGAACUUGAAAAUCAAAUUUUAGCCAUGUUUAAAACAAAUUUACAUCAA